GUCCUCACUGGAAGGUCGCUUAUUGACAAGGGGAGAAGGUGACUCCUCGACGAAAAGGGCAGUGCUGCUUAUAAAUCUCCCCCAAAUAACUGAAAUAAGACUGGUGUGUGCCAAGCAGGCCACCAUGUCUUCUUUUGGACGGGCGUUGGGAGUCCUCCGGACGGGAACUCAGCUCCUCAGACGCGGGACGCAAAAGAUAACGAGCAGAAAGGCCAGUGAUGGACCGCACAUCGAGCCCCAGUACAGGCAGUACCCCCAGAUAACCAAGAACCAGAAGUUCCAGUCGGAGCUCCUGAGCGGUGCCAUGUGGUUCUGGAUCCUUUGGCACUCCUGGCACGACCCUGAUGCAGUUUUUGGUCACUUCCCCUGGCCUGAUGCCUCUGCAUGGACGGAUGAGGAGCUUGGAAUCCCAGCAGAUGACGAGGAAUAAGAUCACCAUGAAGGAUUCAAGCUGCUGGAUAAGUCUUUGUGGAAAUCUUAAGGAUAUUCUGAAAGUCAGUGUUGUACAUAGACUAAUAAAAUUAUCUUUAAAUAUGUUAAA